UAGCCGGGAAGCCCGCGCCAUUCACAAUCGCAGUUUACUCGCGACACAGAGCACACCGUGAACACAGCUGUCUUAUAAACAAGUCGCGUCGUGUACCCAGAAAACAACACUGACAUGUGUUUCUCCAACGUUGACGGUUACAUCUGAGGACGUCUACAACCGUUUGUUUUCUGAUACAAAAAAUUAAAAUGGAGGCACCGCCGUGCUAGCAACACCAACAGUGUAGUAACAAGGGAGACGUCUGCUUGUACUACGAACAGCCGUACACGUUUUUCUCUACACUUAGAGUACUCUUAAACCUUGGUUAUAUUUUCUCUCUCGAUCUGUGCUCGGAUUUAGCAGCCAUGACGAAAUCGGUCGGCAGUCGAGCCCCACAUCACGAGGAAGCGGACGGGCUCGGCAAUCACCAGCUAAAAACAGCUGUAACGAGAGGCCAAAACAUGAAGGCUGGUCACCACUACAUCAACAUUGGGGAUGAGGAUCAAAUGGAAAUUUACCCCUACAAAUUAAGCAAGCCGCAGCUGUAUCUGACCUAUGUUGGCUAUCUCCUGACUGGUUGGAUCCUGAGGCUGAUCUUCUACUGGCUGCCCCACCUGUUGCUGUGGUCAACCCAUGUGGAGUGUGAUCUGGCCAGGGCUGAAAAAGUCUUGCUCAGGGACCAGUAUGGCUCCUAUCAUGUUUGUACAGUCCAUACAAUCACUAGAGAAGGAACAGGAGUUAAGAUUAGACGGCCGAAGAAACUGUUAUUCAGGAAACGUCUUCAAGAGCAGACUGUCUUCAGCCCUGAGAUUGAUGAAGCUCUGAUCCGCUACUUCAUAUGUAAAAAGGUCAAGUACAUAUGGGACCCUGAACUUGCUCAAUACAUUCAUCUGAGGGGUUUGGAUGAGGGCUACAGACAAUCUUUUUUCCACAACACCAAAGGCCUCACAUCCACGGAGCAGUGCAAACGGCGAGUGCUGUAUGGAACCAACUCCAUUGGCGUCCAUGUUACACCCAUCUUGGUUCUUAUGUUCAAGGAGGUACUCUCCCCUUUCUACAUCUUCCAAUUGUUCUCUAUGAGCGUCUGGUACUCUGAUGACUACUGGAUUUAUGCCACCUGCAUCGUUGUCAUGACAACCCUGUCUAUUGCCAUACAGAUCUACCAGACCAGACAGUUUGAGAGAGCUUUGAGAAACACAAUAACAUCAACAACAAUUACAUCAGUAUUACGAGGCAAUGGAGAGUUUGAAGACGUCCACUCAGAAGACCUGGUCCCAGGUGAUGUGAUAGAGAUACCUCGGCACGGCUGUGACAUGCAGUGUGAUGCGGUCCUCAUCACUGGCAACUGCAUUGUUAACGAGAGCAUGCUGACAGGUGAGAGUGUACCUGUGACAAAGAUUCCUCUCCCCAACACAACCGGGAUGAAAGAGGAGAAUGACCCCGAGGUCAACAUGAAGAAUCAUUCCCGCCACAUCCUGUUCUGUGGGACCCACAUCAUCCAGACCAGGUUCUAUGGCAACCAGAAGGUCAAGGCUGUUGUCCUGAGAACAGGAUUCUCAACAUCUAAAGGAGAUCUGGUCCGUUCCAUCAUGUUCCCCAAACCAGUAGACUUCAAAUUCCAAAGACACGCCUACUACUUUGUUUUGGUCUUGGCUGGCAUUGCCCUACUGGGCUUUGUCUACACUAUUGUAUUGAUGGUUCUGAAUGGAGAUAACGCCAGCGAUAUCAUCAUUAGAUCUCUGGACCUCAUUACAAUUGCUGUCCCACCAGCCUUGCCCGCGGCCCUUGCUGUAGGCGUGGUGUUCUCUCAGAGAAGGUUAAAGGUCAAGAAUGUCUACUGCAUCAGCCCCCGGGGCAUCAACGUUUGUGGGACCAUCAACACCGUCUGUUUUGAUAAGACUGGUACAUUAACAGAAGAUGGCUUAGACAUGCAUGGGGUGGCCAGAGUAGAGAAGUCUGCGUUUGACCCGCUGAUUAAAGACAUGACCCAGCUGACCCAUGGCCCACUCCUGACAGCAAUGGCCACCUGCCACUCCCUGACCAUUAUUGAGAGGGAAAUUAUGGGAGACCCAUUAGAUCUGAUCAUGUUCAACGCCACUGGCUGGCAACUUGAGGAACCAGGCCCAGAUGAGACCAGGUUUGACAUGAUGACACCCACCAUUGUGCGGCCAACACCAGCAGCUUUCUCCAAACGCUUGUCAGAUGAUGCACUGGCUGGUGGUGAUGUGGGUAUUGUGAGACAGUUCCCCUUCUCGUCCUCGCUUCAAAGAAUGUCUGUGAUCACAAGAACCCUUGGUGCAAGCAACUUUGACCUGUAUGUCAAGGGAUCCCCAGAGAUGAUAUCCAGCUUAUCUAAACCUGAAACAAUCCCAUUUGAUUUCCAUCAAGUUUUGCUGUCAUACACACAGCAUGGAUACAGAGUUAUUGCACUUGCUUGGAAGCAGCUUCCAACUAAGCUGAAUUAUGUUAAAGUCCAAAGAGUUAGCAGAGAGCAGUUGGAAAAUGAACUGAUCUUCUUAGGGUUGUUGAUUAUGGAGAACCGUCUAAAGCCGCAGUCUGCACCAGUGAUUUGUGAACUGAAUGAAGCUGAUAUUCGCACCAUAAUGGUCACUGGUGACAACAUGCUGACAGCCCUGAGUGUGGCCAGAGAGUGUAAGAUGGUGGACAAGACUGACCGCAUCAUCCUAGUUCAGGCGUACCCCCCCACCUCUGUCCAGUCUGACGUGACCCUGGAGUUUGUCUACGCUGAUGACAGUAAUGCCAAGGUUGAGGAAGUUAUCGCCAUGGAAAACAAAAGAAUUCAGAUUGAUGAAGACAGCCAGAGGUUUCACUUUGCCCUGACAGGAAAGACAUGGGGAGUUAUCCGUCAACACUGUCCAGAUCUGCUGAAAAAAAUUGUCGUCAGAGGCGCUGUGUUUGCCAGGAUGGGCCCAGAUCAGAAGGGACAGCUGGUUGAAGUUUUGCAGGAUGUUGGUUAUUAUGUUGGUAUGUGCGGUGAUGGUGCCAAUGAUUGUGGUGCUUUAAAAACUGCACACAUGGGAAUCUCCCUGUCUGAAGCUGAAGCCUCUGUGGCAUCUCCAUUCACAUCCAAAACUCCAACCAUAGAAUGUGUACCCAAUGUUAUCAAAGAAGGCAGAGCUGCCCUGGUCACCUCAUUUGGUGUGUUCAAAUACAUUGCCUGCUACAGCUUGACCCAGUUUACAUCUGUACUCAUCUUGUAUUGGAUUGGUGCUAACUUGACAGAUGCUGAGUUUCUGUUCACGGAUUUGUUUAUUAUCUCAACCUUCAGUAUCACAUUCAGCAGAACAGCCCCCUAUGAUGAACUUGUGAGAGAGAGACCACUUGUCAGCCUGCUCAGUCUCAGCCCUAUUAUGGGCAUUGUUUCUCAGAUGCUUCUUGUCAUUGCUGCUCAGACGUUUAUGUAUUUUUAUAUUAAAGAACAACCCUGGUUUGUGCCCUUCAAAGACAAUGAGGAUGAUGACUACACUUGUUAUGAGAACGCUGCCGUUUUUCUGAUGUCUGCCUAUCAGUACAUAAUCCUGGCUAUAACUUUUGCUAAAGGAGCGCCAUACAGGAAAUCUAUUUUUAGCAAUUGGUGGUUGCUGGCUAACUUUGCUGUCACUCUGGCUGGAGCUGUCUGGAUCACAAUGUACCCCACAGAAGGACUUGCCGAUCUCAUGCAGCUCAAGCUCAUCCCUUCAAUCAAGUACAGAGCAUUUUUCAUUGGCAUAGCCUUUAUACAGUUUGUCUUGUCAUACGUGGUUGAGAAAUUCCUGAUUGACAAUGAGAUUUUGCGAGACAAGUUGGCCAACUGUCUGAAAGGUUGCCUGCCCUCACAGGAUCUGGCCUAUCAUAAAAUAGAAUCAGAGUUUGAGAAAGAUCCAUCCUGGCCCCCUGUGUCAGACAAGAAGGUUGAUCUGGCUGAGAUCUUCCAGCGUCUAGAGAACCUCCAUCAAGGGAAUCCAAAUUCAGAAGAGAUACAAAACUCACUGGACGAUGUCCUAGAUUCUGACCCAGAUGACAAUGAAUAUAUAACACAGCAGACACAGAGGGAGACGUCAUUCUCUGACCCCGCUAGAGACUCACUGCUCCACCCUGCUAAUAACCAGGACAUAAUCAUCAAUGUGGGCUAUGAGAACCAGAAUGGUGAAAGCACAAUGUUAUAGCACUCCUUCACCAAAUUAACUAGCCAUUCAAUGCAUUCAAUAUUUAAUUACCAUUUUAAAAAUUUUGAACUUUGUACAAUUUUUAUAUCAUAGUAUUUAUAGUUAGUCUAGCUUACAGUAUGUGGUUUAAGGUCUUUAUCUGCCGGUGCUGUAGUCAAUUUGUUUUUUUACAUGCAUGAAAUAUUUAUAAUUAGACCAAACUUAAAAGACUGAAGCUGAUGAUACUACUUACAAGUAUCCUGUACUGCUUCUACUUUCAGUUAAUAUUCUUGAACAAAUAAAUAAUAUUUGCAUUAAAAUGUAUUUAGUAUAAAGUGUGGAAAAGAUUAGAAGAUAAAAAUGUUUUGAAAUGAAUUUUUUUUAAUAACUAAAAGCAAUUAGACGUGAUUAGAGGUAUUGCUUAUUGUGAAAUAAAGUUAUCAAGAACUUAUAUUGUAAUUUAAAAUAUUUCACACUUUUGCUCAACGAUUUUAACAAAAUGAUUUGUACAAUAUUUCAUGUUUUGCUUUUGUGGAUUUUACUAGCAAGUUGUUUAAUGUAAAAAAAAAAAACCAAUGCUUUGCUGUUUUUAUAAAUUACAGCUUCAUUAUAAAAUGAGUAAUUGAUGUUUGGAAAUGUUUCAAUGAUCUAGUGCAUGAUUUGUUUCCCCUUGAUGAAAGUUAUUUUUCAAGUAUUUGAGAACAAGUUUCAAGUGAGUUGAAUGCCUCGAGCUGAAUUGUAUUUAACAUAACUUGUAUGAGACUGCUGAUGUUUACAAGACAUAUGUAUGUAAAUUUAUUGAAUUACGAUUGAAUUAUUUUGUUACAAGAUAAUGAUUGUUAUAAGACUUGAAUGUGUAUGAUUCUUCCAAGAAAACAGUUUUUUGUGGAGUAGUUUUUAAAUGAAUGUAUAUAGUUUCUGGUGUGAUUGUUUGUAAAUUUUAUCACCUCUCUGAUUUUAUGGAAGUUAUAUUGCAAAUAUCUACAGAAUGAAGCAUGCACAUGUAAAAAAAUCUUGGUUUUUGAUGUGAAACAAAGUUUGUGUGUGAUUGUUUCUUCUGUUCACUAGUUGAUUGGUUUAUGAGUUAGUUAACUUAUGAUGUGAACUUUGACCCUUGCCUAUAUCUUGCUGAAUCUUUUCUGACAAAUUUCCUGGGGUUUAACACAAGGUGUAUGUCUGUGUCAGCUUGACAAAAACCAGUUCAAUGUUUUAUUUCCCAAUCAGUACAGAAGUACAUUCCAUCAUGAGUAAACACAGAAGUGCCUACGUCUUUUGCAUUUCAUCAUCGCGGCAACAACCAUCACAGCGUGUCCCC